AAGUAUCAGGCUGUUGUAAGGCACAAUUACAAGAUGGGUCCUUUAUUGUUAAGUCAAGUCCGGGAUUUGCAGCCAAAUGUCCAGGAAAACGUGAAACCAGAACAAAUGAAGAAAUAUCUGAUCAUGAUGGAUUCACUAACCAGUGAAGAAUUAAACAGCUCAAACCCAAAGAUUAUGAAGGAAUCUCGGAUCAGGCGCAUAGCACAAGGCUCUGGUUGCCAUGUAGGAGAUGUUAUGAAGAUGUUGGAGCAUUACAAGCAACUCGCAAACAUGUGCACCAGAAGAAAAAUGGAUAAUAUGGCUCGAAUGAUUUCAAGAGGCCGGAUGCCAUCAGGCGCCGGCAUGAGUGGUGAUCUCAUGAAUAUGUUCCGACAGCUGAGUUCAUCAGCAGGCAUGGCCAGAAUGCUCAGCGAAGCGAUUUAGGCAAAUCUUCCGCAAUAUUUAAUGGUCCACCAAACCACAGUGAGUGGUGGUUGAAAAAUGAGUUAAUGGUGAUUGCAGACCAUUAAACGAGCAACCUUACAAAUA